AAGUCGAGCCUUUCGGAAGAUCAGAAUGCAGCGCGUGAUCAUUCUGCUGUCGGCCGUGGUGGCGUCUGCACUGGCGAAGUGCCCGAACCUGCCCGCGCUCGAAGAGUUCGACUCCACACAGUACACCGGCCUGUGGUACGAGAUCGCGCGGUACCCGCUCAUCGGCGAGCUAGGCGAGACCUGCGCCCAGGCCAACUAUACCCUGCAAGGAGACGGCUCCAUCCGGCUGGAGAACCGUGGGAAGAAGCCGGACGGCAGCAUGGACUCCAUCAUGGGCACCGCCACCGCUAAGGAUCCGGCACACCCGGCCGAGCUGACACUGGUGUUCGACGAGGGCUUCCGCGGCAGCUACAACGUCAUCCGCACCGACUACACGCAGUCGGCGCUCGUCUACUCGUGCGGAAGUGUGGUGGGCUUUCGGCUGGAGUACGCCUGGAUCCUAGCGCGCUCCCCUCAGCUGGAGCAGAGUGUGGUGGAAGCGUACAAGAAGUUGCUGGCAGACGCCGGGUCCAACUCAGAAAAGCUCUCGAUGACUCCGCAGGAUUGCGGUAGUUACUUCUGAGCUUUCCCGAACGAUGACUCAGCGGUCUUCCGCGCAGCUGUUCUUUUCUGUUUAGCGAACUCCGUGCGCAGGUGGCAGGAAUCAGAUGACGUCACAGGCCUGGGGCAUUUAUAUCGGAAUGAUGGCGAACCACUUAGUUCAUCCUAGAUUGUGUCUUACAAUGUCACGUACUUGUGUCCUUCGUUUCAUGACGUUUACAUCUAUUGUCUUAGUCACUUCGCAAACGGAAUUGAUUGCUAGUUUGAGGCUGGUAGGACGGGAAGUUAAGGAUGUUGCACUAUGUUGUGUUGAGGUGUAUGCAAUUUGGCAAUAAAAGGAGU